AUGGCGGAUGUAGAUCUGAUGACGACGCCAGACAACAACGUUGCACUGGACAACAUGUCGGCCUUGGAUAACCCGGCCUUCGAGAAUGACAGCUCGGACUGUGAGAAAAACGGAAAUAUACCAGCUGCCCCCGAGGAGCCGGAAGACCGGGGUAACCUGUGUUCCCGGGGGAUGGGGACUGUACAGACAGCUGUGACGUCAGCCUACACCAAGCAUCAGAAGGCGGUGUGGAUGGUGAUCAAGUUCCUCAUCAUGGGCGGAUACAUCGGCUACUUCGGCUAUGCGAUGUAUUACAGGUAUUUCAGUGAUGUAUUCCAUGUGAGGGUCCUACAGGCUGAUGGUGGUCACGGUGCUCGGGGCUUUCAUCCUGCUGUGGGGCUUAGGGGAGGCUACGUCGUGAACGUCAUCAACAGCUUCUACGUUGGCUGUCUGCGAUGUCACGGGCAGAACAGAUGCCGACUAUUUAGCGUCUACCUCCGAUGGUUCCUGUACGUGUCCGCGGCUGUAUUUAUCGGGGUGUACACGGGCCUGGAAAUUGGGAGGACCCAGCCGAGGAACCUCAUGUCCCUCAUUGGCAUCGCAUCCUUCAUCUUCAUCAUGUACAUCACCAGCACGGACCCCGCCAGGGUGAACUGGCACCCUGUGUUUUGGGGGAUGGCGAUCCAGUACAUAUUCGCCUGUCUCAUACUGAAGACAACGUGGGGGUACGGCGCCUUUGAAUGGCUGGGAAACAGGAUGACGGAAGUUCUUGGUUAUUCCAACACAGGGGCCAAGUUUGUGUUCGGGGACAACUAUGAAGAACACAUGUUUGCCUUCAAGGUACUGCCAGUUAUUGUGUACUUCAGCUCGCUUAUUUCCGUGCUCUAUUACCUGGGAGCUAUGCAGGCCAUCAUCCGCGUACUGGGGAAGUUCCUGUCAUUCUGUCUGGACACGACGGCAACGGAGUCGUUGAACGCCGCCGGCAACAUCUUCGCUGGACAGACCGAGUCACCUCUUAUGAUACGCCCCUUUUUGAAAACGAUGACGAAGUCUGAGUUGCACGCCGUCAUGACCGGGGGGUUCGCCACCGUCUCCGGCAGCGUCUUGGGCGCGUACGUAACGUAUGGGGUGAAGGCCAACCAUCUCCUCGCGGCGUCCGUGAUGUCCGCUCCGGCCGCUCUGGCCAUCUCCAAACUGACCUACCCCGAGACGGAGAAGUCUAAAGUCAAUCAGAAAGAUGUUUACAAGUUGAAGAUGGAUUCCCAGAAUAACGUCAUUGAGGCUGCUUCUAAAGGAGCCUCCGAGGCCAUAAGUCUUGUUGCCAACGUCGCCGUCAACGUCAUGGCGUUCCUGGCGUUGCUGCAGCUCAUCGACGCUUCGUUAACGUUUCUCGGGGAUAGGGUCGGCAUAGAGGGAUUCACCUUCCCACUGAUCUGCUCCUAUGUGUUCUACCCAAUCAGUUUUGUCAUGGGUAUUGACCCCGUGGACUGUCGCCGCAUGGCCAGGCUGAUUGGCUUCAAGACUUUUACCAAUGAGUUCGUGGCGUACAUUGAGAUGGGGAAGCUGAUAGAUAAUGGCCACGUAUUUGACAACUACACAGCGUCAGUGCCCAACGCCACGUGGGAAACCAAAUCCAAUGAUGACAUAUUCUUGACGGAUUGGGGCACAACAUUAGUUGGUGGAAUUAUGCUGCCCCGGUCACAGGUUAUCGCAACGUAUGCCUUGUGUGGGUUUAGCAAUCUCGGCUCCAUGGGGAUCCAGAUUGGAGCAUUAGGAGCCAUGGCUCCUUCUAGGAGCGGGGACCUGACGCAUUUAGCUCUGAGGGCCAUGAUUGCAGGCAACGUGGCCUGCUUUUUGACGGCGUGCAUUGCAGGACUUUUCUACGGUGGUGACCUGUGAGCAAACCAUAUUGUGGGGUCUGUGACUUGGGCUGUCUCUCACAGCUACACUGUGAACAGGGGGAUGCAGUUGAGAUCUGUGCAAGAUAAUCUGAAAGUUGAUAUGUGUCUGUUAUCAAAGGCUUUCUUGCUAUAUACUAUAACUGCAAUACUUAAGAAGGACACAUCUAAACACAGAAGAGCUAACAAAAAUGACUGUUUGUGAAAGUAUUUGCUUUACAUUAUUUCAUGUCUCGAAAAGAUGACCAGUGACAAAUCAUGGGCUGUUUAAUGAGGCCCCUCUUCUUCAACCUAUCAGUUUAUACUGAAAAUAUUGGCUAUAUUUCAAACAUCUUCCCGAG